CUAUUCUCGGGGUUCAUCUCCCAGCCUUUGACUCUGGGAGCCUCCUCGAGUCGCUCCCCCCACCACCCCCGCCACCAUCUACCCGCACCAGCUCGCACUAAACACCAUCUUAUCUGUCGGUGCACAACGUUCCUGCAAGACCGCUUCCAGGGAAAGGGACCUUCCGGAAAUUUCUUUGGACGCCGCUGAAAUUAAGAAACCUAGUGCCCCUGGGCUUUUCCGGUUUUCCUGGCAGGUGGAUUUGGAGGCAACAUGUCCGCUUCAAUGAAAGAAUGCCUGCAGCUUCAGCUGCUAGAGAUGGAAAUGCUGUUCUCUAUGUUUCCUAACCAAGGAGAAGUAAAACUCGAAGAUGUAAAUGUCCUGACGAAUAUAAAGAGAUAUUUGGAAGGAAAAAGGGAGGCGCUGCCACCCAAAAUCGAAUUUGUGAUUACACUCCAGAUUGAGGAGCCCAAGGUGAAAAUUGAUUUGCAAGUAACCAUGCCUCACAGCUACCCCUAUGUAGCAUUGCAGCUGUUUGGACGGUCUCCUGAGCUUGACAGACAACAGCAACUACUUCUCAACAAAGGUCUCACUUCUUACAUAGGGACUUUUGAUCCAGGCGAGCUCUGUGUAUGUGCAGCAAUCCAGUGGUUACAAGACAACAGUGCCUCCUAUUUUCUGAACAGAAAGCUCGUUUAUGAACCGUCUACACAAGCAAAGCCAGUCAAGAACACAUUCCUCCGGAUGUGGAUCUACAGCCACCACAUAUAUCAGCAGGACCUAAGAAAAAAGAUUUUGGAUGUUGGGAAAAGGUUAGAUGUGACUGGGUUUUGCAUGACAGGAAAGCCAGGUAUAAUCUGUGUGGAGGGCUUCAAGGAGCACUGUGAGGAAUUCUGGCACACAAUUAGGUAUCCCAACUGGAAACACAUUUCUUGUAAGCAUGCUGAAAGUGUGGAAACGGAAGGAAAUGGAGAGGAUCUGCGCCUUUUCCAUUCUUUUGAAGAAUUACUCCUGGAGGCCCAUGGUGACUAUGGAUUAAGGAAUGACUAUCACAUGAAUCUGGGCCAAUUCUUAGAAUUUCUGAAAAAACACAAAAGUGAGCAUGUUUUCCAGAUAUUAUUUGGUAUUGAAAGUAAAAGUUCAGACUCCUAGGAAGCCA